AAAAUUCUCUGCCCUUUUUUAAGCGCUUGUCAGAUGCCAUACAGCGAGACAACGUGGACCUGAAGUAACGUAAACGAAAGCUUCUAUUCUGCUCGGAUACAUGUGUGACGGAUGCAAAACAAUACCAGUGCAUCUAGUAGGAAGCUGUAUCGUGCAUUUUCUUAACAGUAGCACUCACAAGUAAACAAGGCUAGAGAUUUAAGCAACGUUAGUUAGCUAGCUAGCGUUUCAGUGAGUGAGGUUGUUUGUUGCUGCACUUAGCGUGGUUUGAGAAGUAGUUAGCUUAGCCGCUGCUACUAUUAGCUAGUGUUAGUAGAAAUUGUGGUGCGGGUCAAAGGACUAGGAGGGUUAAAUCUGCCUCAUGACAAUGACUGCAGAAGAGCAGACAAGUGAAGGACAGCAGACCAUCCCAAUGGAGGGAGAGGACAUCACCCCAAAGAAAGACGGGGGUGUUUUCAAGCUGGUCAAAAGAGAAGGCACAGGCACAGAGCUGCCUAUGACCGGUGACAAAGUGUUUGUUCAUUAUGUGGGCACACUUUUGGAUGGUUCCCCAUUCGACUCAAGCAGAGACAGAGAAGACAAGUUUUCCUUUGAGUUGGGCAAAGGUCAAGUGAUAAAAGCAUGGGACAUCGGUGUGGCCACAAUGAAAGUGGGGGAGUUGUGCCAGUUCAUCUGUAAGCCAGAGUAUGCUUAUGGAUCUGCAGGGAGUCCCCCAAAGAUACCCCCCAAUGCCACUCUGGUUUUUGAGGUGGAGCUGUUUGAAUUUCGAGGCGAGGACAUUACAGAGGGAGAGGAUGGAGGAAUUAUCCGUCGCAUUAUCACGAAAGGGGAGGGAUAUUCCAAGCCUAAUGAAGGAGCUUCUGUUGACGUGACUGUGGAGGGUUCCUAUGAGGGACGUGUUUUUGACGAGAGAGAACUUAAGUUUGAGAUUGGAGAUGGAGAAGGUCUUGGCCUGCCAGUUGGAGUGGAGAAAGCUAUCAUAGCGAUGGAGCAGGGAGAGGAGGCAAUCUUCCAUAUUAAGCCUAAAUACGGCUUUGGGAGUGCUGGAAAUGCAAAGCAUGAAAUUCCUGGUGGAGCAACGCUGCAAUACAAAAUAAAGCUGGCAGCCUUUGAGAAGGCUAAAGAAUCAUGGGAGAUGAACACAGUGGAGAAGCUGGAACAAAGCAUCAUUGUCAAAGAGAAGGGAACACAGUAUUUUAAGGAGGGGAAAUACAAGCAGGCGUCAGUGCAGUACAAAAGGAUUGUAUCAUGGCUGGAAAAUGAAUCUGGUUUGUCAGAGGAGGACGAGAAGAAAGCAAAAGCUUUGCAACUGGCGGCAAAUCUGAAUUUGGCCAUGUGCUUCCUUAAACUACAGGAGCCAAACAAAGCCCUAGAAAACUGUGACAAGGCUCUGGAAUUGAAUCCAUCCAAUGAAAAGGCUUUGUUCCGAAGGGGAGAGGCACUUUUCGGUAUGAAGGAGUUCGACCAGGCAAAAGAUGUUUUCCAGCAGGUUCUUCAACUGUACCCUGCCAACAAAGCUGCCAAGAGCCAGGUGGUUCUUUGUCAGACACGUAUCAAGGCCCAGCACGAGAAGGACAAACGCAUCUACGCCAAUAUGUUCCAGAAAUUUGCUGAGAGAGAUUCAAAGAUCGAACAAGACGAGGAUAAAACUGAGACUACCAACAACGGCAAUGAUGACAUGGAAGUUGAAGAUGGAGAAAAGGAAGUUGCGAUUGAAACAAAGGCAUAGAUGAAAAUGUGACUUAAUUGUUCACAUGCUCUUCAAUCUUUUGUAACUUCAGCCAUUUGUGUUUAGUGUGUGUGUUUUGUUUGUGCGUACGGAUGUGUCAACGAGAGCGCUGACUUUGGUAGUGUCUCUGUUGGCUUUCUUUGUGUCUGUGCUUUUUGCUGUGGCAGCUGAUGGCACUGUGAGAACUGGUUUUAAUAAAUGAUAAGAGUGCCACAACCCCACCCCUGAACCUUUUCAACUCACAGCUUUGAACUGUGCACGUGUUUUCACAGCAUUUUGGGUAAAAAAAAAAGCAUCCAAGUUCUAAGUGCGGACUUUCACCCGUUAAGGGCUAGACCAUUCACCUUGCACUACCCUCUUUCCUCUACCCCUUCUGACGUGUUAUGCUUUCCAUCUCACACUCCUCAUGGGCCUACUGAUCAAUCAUGGAGUUGUGAUGGUGUUGUGCAUAGUAACUUUUGUCCCAAAUUACGUAUGUAGCGCUGGACAGUUUGAGUAAUAAGACGUUAGCCCGGAAUAACUUGGAGCUUCUCUCUCAACCGAUAAAUGGAGCUCCUUCCCCAGGGUACAGGACUAUUCACAUUUUUUGGGGAAAUAUUUACUUUGUACUUUUUUUUUUUCUUCCCAGUGUAGUGCUUGUGACUUAUGUAUUGUUCUCAAAAUGGAUGAAUACAACCAUUUACUUAACUGGAAUAUGUGCAUUUUAAAGCAGCUA